AUGGGACAUCACUCUUGCUGCAACAAACAGAAAGUGAAAAGAGGUUUAUGGUCUCCUGAAGAAGAUGAAAAACUCAUCAAAUACAUCACUACUUAUGGACAUGGUUGUUGGAGCUCAGUUCCAAAACUUGCUGGUUUGCAAAGAUGUGGAAAGAGUUGCAGAUUAAGAUGGAUCAAUUAUCUAAGACCUGAUUUGAAACGCGGAAGUUUCUCUCAUCAAGAAGCUUCACUCAUUAUAGAACUUCAUAGCAUUCUAGGAAAUAGGUGGGCUCAGAUUGCGAAACAUUUACCAGGAAGAACAGAUAAUGAGGUGAAAAACUUUUGGAAUUCAAGCAUUAAGAAGAAGAUUCUUUCUCAUGAUAUUGUCCCAUCUUUCACCACAAUUUCUGAUAUUCGCACCCCCUACAAUAUUGGUUCUAUGGAAAGUUUCUUUCCUAACCCUAAUUUGAUCCUAAACUUCAAUCAUCAUCACCAUCAAGAUAACCUAUACCUUCCAACCUCAUCUCAAAAUCUACAAGACAAUUUCCACCAAAUUGACACAAAGGUAGAUAUCCAUAACCAUUUGAAUGCCAAUUUCCUUCACAUUCAAAAUCCAAUGCCACAAAUAGUACAACCAAUAUCAAAUCCUUUACCUUGUGAAGAUGCAUGGUUGUUGAAUUGUGAAGCUCUUCAUCUAAAUCAAAAUCUAUUAGAAAAUCAAGUUUCCAAAAGUGAUGCCACCCUGCUUAGCAAAUUAAUGCAACAAUAUGAUCACACCUUUGUUGAACUUGAAACCUUUUUUCCUAAAGUCAGUGAUCAUAGUUUUGAGGAUUAUGUUUGUAGCAUCCUAGAUUCAUCUGAUUCCAAGGAACAUGAAGCUCCAACAAAAUUUCAAUGCUACACACCAAGUAUUAUUUAUCCACAAGAUCAAAAUGUGGAAGUCAUUCAUUUGGAUAACAUUGAUGCCCUCAUGUCAUCAUCAUUUCCAUCCUCAAGCAGCCAAAUAGUCACAAACCCUAUUAUUCCGCUAGGAUGGGAGUGUUAA